CGCGAUGGGGCCGGUCCCGGGGCUCCCCGCGCCCCGGAUGCCCAGAACCCCUCGCCCCGCACCGCCGGGCUGCAGCAGGAGGAGGAGGAGAGGAGGAGGAGGAGGAAGAAGAGUAGGAGGAGACCGGCGCUUUCACUCCCGCUGACUGCAGAGGCUGAGGCAAAAGACAGAAAAAGGAGGAGGGGAAUAAAAAGUAAAGAGCGGGGGGAGAGAGAGUGAAAGAAAACUAAGCCCAGCUUUUGCCGGUGCUGCUUGGAUUGGAUCUGGUUUGAGUUUCCUCUCUGCUGGCUUGAGCAGCAAGAGAAGGAGGAGUGGGGGGAAGUAACUCGCUCACUCUUCCUCUGAAGCUUAAGCAAACGUGCUGGUGCCUGMGCUGGCGGGGAGCUGCCCGGGUGCAGUUGUCUCGCAGCUUAUUCCUCCCAGUUGCUAAAGAAUUGCCUGGACUUCUCGAGGACCCGGAGGAAAAAGACAUCACAGACGUGACAGUUSCUCAGUGCCUAUUGACUUGACACAGUUUUGGCUUUUUCCUAGGGGAUUAUUUUUAAAAAUUAUUUUUCUCCCGUUUCUCUCCGAACAGCAGUUCCUUGAGUGGCUUUGAAAUCAAUUGCUUUCUUAACAACUUCGGGACAUAUUUUAAAAAACUUUUUUUCCCACUCUCUCCUGUGUUUAUUGCCAAAAAAAAAAAAAAAAAAAAAAAAAAAGGAAAAAGAAAGAUAAUCCUUUUGGGGGAGGGGAGAUGAUCGUGCUGAUGUGGAAUAAGUGCUCCUGCUGUCUCCUCUUACUAGCCGCGGUCCUGAUCGUGGAGAGCUCCCAGCUAGACAGCUCCAGCUCCAAGGUGAACUCCAUCAAGUCCACCCUGAUGGGGGAGGCUCCAACUCAGGCAACCAACAGAUCUGCAGGCAUCCACCAGGGACUGAUGCUUGCUAGCAGUAAGAAGGGCAAAAUCCUAGAGCAGAUGGGAAAACCUCCCAAGCACUAUCACCGGCAAGGAGAGGCCUAUCCUUGUACCAACGAUAAGGAAUGUGAAGUUGGCCGCUACUGUCACAGUCCCCAUCAGGCCACGUCCGCGUGCAUGAUGUGCCGGAGAAAGAAGAAGCGCUGCCACCGCGACGGCAUGUGCUGCCCCGGGAACCGCUGCAACAACGGUAUUUGCAUACCAGUGACUGAAAGCAUCCUUACUCCUCACAUCCCUGCUYUAGAAGGGCCACGCAACAAGAAGAAUGGUCAUUAUGCAAGCAAGGAUUUGGGAUGGCACAACCUAGGGAGGCCCCGAUCCAAGCUAUCACAUAUAAAAGGACACGAAGGCGAUCCCUGCCUACGGUCAUCAGACUGUAUUGAGGGACACUGCUGUGCUCGCCAUUUCUGGACCAAAAUUUGCAAGCCCGUGUUGCAUCAGGGGGAGGUGUGCACCAAACAACGCAAGAAAGGGUCCCAUGGACUGGAGAUUUUCCAACGAUGUGACUGUGCCAAGGGUUUGUCUUGUAAAGUAUGGAAAGAUGCGACCUCCUCUUCUAAAUCAAGACUUCAUGUGUGCCAGAAAAUCUGAAUGAGGAUCGGGAAGAUAGAAUCAAGUGACUGUGGCUUUAUGUGUUUAAUGCAUUAUGGCAUGGUGGAAGAAGGGGACUGCAAAGGAAAAUGGAAUGGCUAAACUAACUGUUAGAGUAGGAGUAGAAGUCACACCAAAUGCAUUUCUUUGAGCUGGUGGUAAACACAAGCGUGGCUGGAGUUCACCUACUGCCCAGUUCUCCUGUAAAUAAUUCUGCAGCCUGUGGGAAAUGCUGGUAUGCAAACAAGUAGAGUGGAAUGAAUGUCACUUACCUUGCUGUAUUGUCCCAUGGUGUUUCAGGGGUUCAGUGUUAGGGCUAUCGUGGGUCUCCAGCAUGGUAAGAAUUUUCUACAGAAAUUGUAUACAUUGUACUCCUAUAAGAAGCACUGCAUGUCAAGAAGACUCAUCUGUCAGCACGUUAUUGGCCACCUUGCAAGUAUUAGAAAUGGAAAUAAAGUUACUGUGAAUGUCCACAAGCCCUUGCUGUUCAGGGCUGAUAUUUCAGCAAAGGAAGCACUCCUGCAGGACAAGAGUGCUGUGUUUUGCAGGCCCUGAAGAAGGAGGUGAAAACUGGCCAUCUCAAAAUUUCAAGAGAGCAGCAGUUUCUCUAAGAGGAGGCAUUUAACCAGGGUUUUGCUUUCUAUACAUGGGUAAAUUGAAAUGCUUUAUGUAGUUCAAUGUCAUAGUAUGGCACUUAAUCACUUGUAUUUGCCUCAGUUUACUGCUAAUACACAUUGGGUUGAACAGAUGAAGCAAAUAUGUGUGCAUGCUGAAUCCAGAAUUAUAUACAGGCAGUUCCUUGUUAGUCCUAAAUAUGCUUCCCUUGCCUAAGCAUUCUUGUAUUAUAGACAUUUCCAAAAGAAACUGCAGAGGGUUAAGUGCUUAACAUGAAGAGCUAUGAAGUUGUUUCUCUGUUGCUGUUACAACAGAGGAUAUAGACAUUUGUGGAGGUGUUUCAAGCAUACUGCUGCAAACUCAGAUUUUUAUAUUUUAUAGCUCUCUGCAGCAGAAUAAUAGMUUUGUUCUUGAGACAGCAAAGAAAAAGGAGCUGAGUCUUGUGAACACCUCCUSUCCUGCAGAAGAGGAUGUAAGAAGAUGUUAUGACCACAAAUGACUUGUUAAACAUCAUCUGAUGUCACAGCAUACCACCCUCCAGCAUCUAUUCAGCCUGAAAUUGAUGUCYUCUCAUUCUGGAGUUUCUGCCAGGAAUGAUGGAAAUACAAAGACUGUGGAAACAGCUGCCAACCCUACAUCGUUUGUGUACUGGUUAAAAAAGGGACAGCCUCUGUCCAGGUCUUUUCAAACUUUGAAAAUUUUACUUUUUUGCAAAUAUUCCUUUGUAUAAACUUUGGUAAAGAGACUGAUAYUACUUUAGAGAAGUCUGAUUCCGUAAUUGACUUACAGCUAAUUUUAAUUACCCAUUUAUAAUUAACCAUUUUCAUGUUCUGUAAUACAAGGGACUUUUCUGUAUUCAGUUCUGAACAACAUGGRUAGACCAGGAUGUAGUUUAACUUUGAACCACAUCACCAUUACCUGAUGCCUUUUCCCACCAGUGAGAUGCUUUAAAGCUUUAGCUUAGCUACAUCCCUUKUCUCAGCCUUCCUAAUUAGAGUACAGACCUCAGCUGCAUUGCCCUUACCUUUUGUAAGAGUUCUAAAGAAGAGUUUUUCACACACCUCUUUCCCUAAUCUAGAGGGACUGCUCAGAGACAGGGRUUUCUGUUUUAUCAUAGUCUCAGUCUCACAAGUCUGCUUACUCCAGAGUUUUCCAAUGUCACUGCAAGAGAAAUAUGRCUCAGAAAUUUCAAGAUACAAAAACAGUCCAGGAACUAAUUUUUCAAGCUUUAUUUACACUGACACAGCACAUACUCAGCAGAAGAACUCAAGUGCUCUUAUUGUCACCACUUWUAAAWGAGAAUUAUACCCAGUACAAGCAGRGGGKUUCAGAAAUGGGCUCUCAUCAUUUUUUAGCUCUUCUUAUUAUUKGUCUAYCCACCAUUUUGCUCUUACAAAACACAGUUAUUUGGGAUAAUUUAUUUACACAAAAUGUUUAAUGAGAUGUAUUUUCUUAUAGAGAUAUUUCUUACACAAAGCUUUGUAGCAAAAUAUAUUUGCAGCCUGUUGACUUUUAUGUAGAAAAAUGUAUAAUAAGAUUAAAUAUAUUAUAUUUCCUAUCACAUUCCUCCCCAAGUAUUUUACCCAUGUUCUUCUCYUUACCUGCUUUUUAAGAAUAGUUCUUUCCAGAAAGACAUGCAAAUCAAUUGGGAAAAAAAAAUCGUAUAUCUUAGCUGUGCAAGUAAAAACAUCUAAUUCUACUCGUAUCUCUGUGUGGGCUGAGUUUUAGUAACACAUGUGAAGGUCAUCUUAAAAUCCCCAUAAUAGAAAUACAUAAUUUCUACAAAACCAGUUUAAGUGACAACUGCCUGCGUGCUUCUCUUGGGUUGGUUUACACUUAGACACUCAAGAAUACAUUUUGAAAAUAAUGAUUUUCUGGUUGUGUAAUGUAAAAUAUGCCAGGUAAAAUAUGAAAGGUGUCCAGACACAUUUCCUGGGUAGUGAUACAUUCCAGAGGGUCUCAUGAUGCAUAAAGGUGGUAUGCAAAUUACACAGCAGUUUAUUCGAGGCUACARCAUGCAAAUGCACCCCUGCAAAAUUUGUAACUAGCAAUUUUGGAAUGGCAAGCUACAGCAUUCAGCUCUAAUAACAUGAAACAAUCCAUGGACACAACUGUUAAUAAAACCAGUGAGUUUUGAUCCCAGAAAAACUCCUGCAGAGCGCAAUAAAUAUUGCAAAAUAAUGGCCRUGGUUAUUGAGCAAUGGUCUUGAUAACCCUGUGACUUGUUUCUGGUAACCCUUUGCUCCAACAGAUUUGGAGGAUGAAAUGGUCUCCAAGUCACAUGAUUGUAUAAAAUUAAAAGGUUUAGCUGCUGUUAUUUGCAAUAUUUGCUGGGUAGGCCUUUGAAAAUUCCAACACUUUUAACACCAACAUAAUAAAGUUGUGAGCAUUUUCAGAAUCCAAUGACUUCAGCAGAGACUGCCAAAGCCKUCAGAGAUUUAAUCUGGGAACAAAAACAAUAGGCACAGGCAGUCCCUUACACACCACAAAUACUGAGCCACAUAGCUGAAGCGAGUAACACGCAAGCAGUUUCGUAAGGCUGAACUUUGGUUGUUUUGAAGGCAGUCAGUCAAUGCUUUGUGGAAAUAUACAUCAGUUUGAGAAUAAAAGAACAGCUGAAUUUGGGGAUAAAUGCUCUCACAGAGUGUCACUCAUCACAGGAAUUAAGAAUUACUUGGUUCAGUAAUGUUUCAGAAAUCUACUGAAACAUUACAGAAACAAGUCAUGAAACAAGUACAGAAGAUGGGCUUGCUGAACAAUUCAAGUAAUUUUCCUAUUAACUUAGAAUAGCCUGAGCAAUGCAAUGUCUCUUUGGAAAUGGUUAUUAACGUUCCUAAAAAGAAUGGAUUUCUACUCGAUAACAGCGUAUAUUUGAUCUACAGUAUAAAGGUGGGUGUGUAUCUAUUGCUGUACUAUUUGCUUUGUCUCAUGUUGUUUGCAACCUAUAGUAUUUAUGAUUUUAAACAUGUUUUUAAUGAAAAUAAUUAAAAUAGAUUUAUCUGAUUACUUCUUUAACAGCACUUUCAACAGCACAUAUCCAGCAUGUGACACCUAAGCCAGAAUUCACCAGAGUUUAAACCAUCUUCUGCAUAUUCUGACUUUCCAGCUCAUUAYCUCAGCAGCAGCGAAAAAGCCCUCAUCAAACACCAUAAAAUAUCUUAGGCAGAGGUUAAGAAGAGACAUUCCUAAACUAUUCCUCAUCACCAGCCCUUGCUGCUUUCACUUCAGAGCUCUGCAUCAUCAUCCCCACUAGCAAAAGUAAAUGUUAUCAAAGAGAAUUCAUAAUUUUAAUCCCUUCAGUAUCUUUCUAGGAAAGCCAUUUAAGGAAGAGAUCCUGCAGAUCAAAACAGCAACUCAUAACAGAGGCUGUAAGCUCAGGCUUUUAGGAGUUUUGAGAUUUAUUCUCUAAAUUUCAAAAACGUAUGAGAACUAUGUCAUMUCAAGACCACGUUUACAAAAAAUAAAGAGAUCUUGUUUGAAUUGUCAGUCGCACGUUCUGAAAAURACUUCCCACAGUGGGGGAGAGAAAAUGAACUCUUCCUCCUCCAUCAAGCAACCUUAGCUGCAGUCCUGACAAAGGGAAAGCAGUUGUUUUGGAUUUCUUUUGCUCUAGGCACAGUGUACACAAAGACAUCAUUACUUUUGUUUUUCAAUCACACCAAUAAUAAAGUUAUGGUUUCUUACCUUGCUUACCRGACUGGGGUACCCUACCUCUCUUUUGCUGCAGGAGUUAGAAGAAGUUAGAGAACAGAGUUAGCCUUAGGGUCUGUGCUCCCCCAUUUCAAUCCUARUGUUUCACUGAGAUGAGCAGAGACUUCCAGCUCAAGUGCCUUAUCAGCUAAUGCAGUUCUACACAUGCUCACUCCUACCAAAGAUUGCUCACAGUACUGCACAGACCCUGUAUCUAUUCUUACCAUUUGUUUAGGUUCAACUUUACGUGACUUCUUAGUUACUGAAAAGCCCCAAAUAUCUGCUGCAGCCCCUUCUUACUGCUCUGCCAGCUUUACACAACCCUGCUUGUGACAGCAAUGCAGCAGGUAAGGGAAAAGCACAAAAAAGGUGUGGGAAAGGGUGGCAGGAGGUGGCAAGGGUGGGCACCAGCCCAAAGCUUGAAAUGGUAGGUACAGGAGGGAAGCUACCUCAAAAUCUGACCAUAAAUAGUAUCCCACACAAUGAUCAUGAGUAGGGGACGGGCAAACAAAAUCUGUUCCUGAGCCACAGCCCCGCAGUACUGGCCCCAAAACAGGAAGCCUAUUGAAGUUGCUCUGGUCCCUCAAAAGCUGAAAUAUUUGAGCCUAUUUCCUCUGGAUGUAGUAUGCCUCUCACCUUGGUCCUCUGUGUAUCUAAAUCCCAGUAAUUCCAGAGGCUUUGGAUUCAGCCAUGUUGUUUUGUCAGCACUGCUAGAGCUCACAGCCUGCCUGUGCCUAGGGAUCCCACUGAAAAUCUGUGCAGAAGGAAGGAAAGAAGGGGCAAAAGCAGGAGAUGGCUGCUCUUUAGAGAACUCCAGCUACUCCCAGAGCUGUUAUUUUGACCACCACUGAUGGGACUGACCCUGACGGAUAUACAGCAUUGGAUAGAACUCGUAGCAAAUUUGUUUAUUCUGGCAGCUCCCUGGUUUUUUUUUGGAAUUGCUUAUUGUUAUAGCAUGAGUGUCAAUUACUUAUUUACAAAUGUCUGGUACCAAUAAACUCUUUGCUUUUUACAGUACCRUCUUGCAGCUAGAUUUAGAAGUGGUUUGCUGCCUGCCAACUUCCUGAAGGAGAGGAAAUAAUCAUUUAAAGGAAACAAAGAUUUUAAUAAGCACAGGGGUCGGUUUUGUUUAACUUUUUUUCUUUCCUUUUUAGGAAAAAAAAAUAUUUAGAAAAGGAGAAGAAAACAUUAUUAACACACAGAGAUUUCUU